AUGUAAAUUAAAAGAAUUGAAAGAACUUUCAAAUCAAUUUAAGUUUAUGCCAGAAAAUUCGCUAUUUAGUGUUUAACCUUAGAAGAUAUCACACUUGAACUUGAAAAUAAAAAAAUGUAAAUGUAAACCAAAAUAUUUAAAUCAUGCAAAUUUUACCCUAAUCUUACAGGUAUUGAAUCCAUCAUCUAUAAAGCAAUAGAUAAUUAAAGCACUCAUUAUUCUGUAAUUUUGUUUAUUUAAGUAGAAAUUUUUAUCGAAUUUAAUUUUCAUUAAGCUUUAUUUUACCAAGUUAAUGUCAUAAUUCAACAAUUAAAUUAAAAAGGCAUACAUGUUGUAGAAAAAAGAUGUAGAGAACUUAAAAUAAGAAAUGAUCACUAUUAUAAUUUAUCUAUAAAUCAUAAUAUUUAUUUGAAUAAUUUUGAUGAAUUAAAAGAAUCAAUAAUUUGUUUAAAACAAUGA